CAAUCCUCUACAACCAACCCGCCAACAACAACGACGAUGACAGCAGAGACGAGCGGUGGGCAGGGGCAGGACGUGUUGUGGUCUGGAACGGCGCUGUUUGAUGCGCAGUGGGUGACGGCCCUGAGGGAAUUGCAGCAAGAUGCUGUUGCUCAUGGUGCCCGAGUUUGCCUGCCACCAGCACUUGAGCCCUUUCCGCUGUCGUCCUCCUGGACUGCACGAGCUCCUGCGCCGCCUUCCACCCGGCCCAUGGACCUCGUCGUGACACACAUAGAUGCACCAGCGUUUCCCAUGCUGCACGCUAGUACCGGCAUGUUGGAGAAGACGCCGCGCGCCGAGACGUGGAGCGACCACAUUCGCGCGUUCUCCCAGCAGGAGCGAGAAAAGGACUGGCAUCUCUUCCAAACGUGCUUGGCCCAGAGCAGCGGCACACGCCCACUCGACCCCGACCACCACAGCAAUGCAAACCAACAAGGGGAGCAGCCACCAUUAUUGGAGCGCAUUGCUCGGCUGCAUCCAAGGACCCCCAUCCUCUACUUGGAAGACGGGAGAAGGGGUGCCGAUUCAAGUGGACACGUGAAUCACGAUGAUCACGCGCUGUCUGCACCGGUGAGCGGCGGCGGGGCGGUGGUCGACGCGGAAGUGCAACACUCCACACACGGCCAUUCAAUACAUCCAGCCAAACAGCAACAGCAGCAACAGCAGCAAGACGUCUGCCCGUUUGUGGACGCGCCAGUUGCUGUGUUGGUUUCAGGCACACAUGUGUUUGUGCUGUAUGAGCACCAGCCCCACACGCUGACGCAACUGCUAGUGCAUGCGCCGGAUCUCGCCUCCAGUGCAGACCAGCAGUGCUUCAUUACGCAACAGCUCCUGGAAGCCGUCGCCGCCAUACACGCACUCGAUGUCGCCAUUGGCAGACUCGACACGGACUGCAUCUUUGUUGAUAAGGACCUCAACGUGUCCUUGCGUCCAGCUCUCGUCCACACACAAGAUGACCACAACUUCAAUACGACUGCAUCGCACCCCAGUGACGACCACCACCACCAUCAUCCCGGCGAUGGUGGCGAAACGGAUGCUAAGUCCUCCCUCGCGUCGGCGACGUAUCGUUGGACUGUUGGCGAGCUGAGCAAUUUCGACUACCUGAUGCAAUUGAAUGCGUUUGCUGGGCGGCGGACUGGAGAUCCGAAUCUCCAUCCAAUCCUGCCGUGGGUCGUCGACUUCAGCAGGGAGGAUGGAGGGGACGUGCUGUCCGGAAACGAUGACGCAAUCUGCUGGCGCGAUCUGAGCAAGACCAAGUACAGACUCAACAAAGGAGACAUGCAGCUUGACGCAACCUUCAACUCCCACCUCCCGCACCACAUUUCAGAGUGGUUCACAGAGUUGACGUAUUUUCUCUAUCGCGCCCGGCGAACACCGCGCCCUGUCCUGUGCACAUAUGUCCGCAGACGCUGGGAACCAAACGAAUACCCCGUCUCCAUGGCGCGCCUGUUUGCGUUCACCCCGGACGAGUGCAUUCCCGAAUUCUUCACAGACCCGUCCAUAUUCAUCAGUACACACGCAGACAUGGGCGAUCUUGCCCUGCCGGCCUGGGCAGACUCCCCAGAACACUUCAUCACCGUCCACCGCGAGCUGCUUGAGAGUGCGCAUGUGUCACGGCACCUGCACCACUGGAUUGAUCUGUGCUUUGGCCAUCUUCUCUCCCUCCCUGCAGCCGUCGACGCAAAGAACGUCCACCUCCCACUCGCACAACCGCGCACGUCUCUGUCGGGCACAGAUGCGCCCGUUCAGCUCUUUCUUCGGCCGCACCCGCCAAGGCUUGCACACCGCACGAAAUGUGGUGGUGGUUCCUACCACGGCCUUGAUCGUCAUUGUUGCAAUGACGACGACAACACGAUGCAAGCGCUGCUCUCGUCGGAUGCGCUGUUGGCGCCGCCGCGAACGCCUCAAUCGCCGCAACUGCACUCCCACCAGCACUGGGACGUGCUGUCACUUGCUGCCGUCGUCGCCUGUAUUGCUCACCCACGUCGCAUCUGGUCUCUCCGCGUGUACGGACACACGGAGCCGGCACAUGUGUUUGGCAUUCGCGAGGAGGCCAAGAAAUGUCUCGGUGAAAUUACCCCUUCGCUUCGACAUUUGGUUGAGCGCGUGCUUGUUGGUGCAGAAUUCGUCCCUGCUGUCCGGUUUUUGGAUCGUGUCUCCGCUUUUCCUCUUGUCCGCCUUCCUGAUUGGGUGGCGCAGACGCUCGCCGUCAUCAAGCCGCUGCAUGUUGCCAUCACCAGCGACCAUCCAGAGCAAAUUGUCUUGCGACAAACCCAGGCAAUGCGCCACCUCCCACCGCGCGGACUGCCGCUCGUGUGCCAUGCCAUCACCGCUGUUGUGUCUCGCCAUCCCAAACCGGACCUCGCUCGCUUCACCCUCGUCUUCAUCGCCGGAUGUGCACACGCGCACAUGCACGUGGCAGAGGAGUGCCUUGACACGCUGUUUGAGGUGCUGGCGGUGUUCCUGGCGACUGGUGGCCGCCACGUCUCGGAGUGGCUGACUUCUCUCAUUGCACAACUAGCAGCAGAGAGCAAAUCGCAGCAAGUGUGGGCGGCUGCCAUCAGUGCUGUGCACAUGUCCGUGUGUGUGCAGCCCUCCCUUCUCACCGCUUCAUACUGCCGACGCGUGCACGAGUCGCUGCUGCAGCCGGCAAUGGCAACGACACACGCCCUUCUGAUUGAGGACCGCAUGACAAGAGAGCUGUCGCAGGUCGAUGCAACGACACGAAUGCACGGAGAUGCCGUGACUGAAGAAGGCGAAGAAGAACAGCAAGAAGACGAGGAACCGCGGGCAGCAGGCACGCCCGGUACUGACAGCGAUGGCCAGAGUGAGCAGCAGGAACAACAACAACAACAACAACAACAACAACAACAACAACAAUUGUCGAGUGAGGUGGAAGCGCAGCGCGAAUUGCUGCUGGCUGCUGCACGUCUCGUCCUGACCAUGUGCAACGCCGUCGGGCGCGAUACAGCGCUCGCAACACUUCUGCCGAGCGUCAAGUGUCUGUUAGAGCCGUUCCUCUUUGCGCAGGGCACGUCUCGCAGGGGCGGGCACCGUGACAGCGAUACGCAGCACAGUGGCGAUGAUGAUGACGAUGGCGAUGACGAUGGUGAUGGUGGUGGUGAUGAUGAUGGUGGUGAAGACGCGUCAACCGGCACAAGUGACAACACAGCACUGACAGUGACGGCAGCGAGCAAUGGAAACGCCACUGCCUCCACCACUGCCUCCACCUCCACACCCGCCACGGCCAUUGAUCGUGGCGACCAGGAGAGGCGCGGUCGGGCAACACACCGGCGGCGCCAACCGCAAACAGCGUGCACGCCCCAACUUGCAGCCGGGAUCUACCAGCAGCUGUGCCAGAGACUUGGACAGCAUCAGCUACGCGCAACCAUCCCGCACCACGGCGUGUUGGAAAAGAUCAUGUAUGAUCACCUAGACGAGGCCGAUGAGGCCGUGGCCAUGCUGUUCCCGCCGCCGCGAUCGCCGCAAACCGACACCAAGGAAGUGGCCAGCAACAAUUCGGUGCGCGACACACGUGCGAGAGGUGACAACAACACCACAGCGCACAGCACUGUGGCGGCAAAAGCGCACGCUGCUAAUGCGAGCAACACUGGCCAGGACAGCAGUGGCAGUCAUGUGUCGGGUCCGAGGAUGGUUGCGGAGGGGCGCCGGCAGUGGCGGGUGACGGAAGACAACGACGCAGUCGUGGUCUCCACCGUGCACGAUGACCAACACCAACAACAACAACAACAGCACCAGCACCAGCACCAGCACCAGCACCACCAGCACCACCAGCACCACCAGCAGGGGAGCGAUGGCCCCUCGACACCAACGCCGUCAACGAGGACAAGAACGGCGGUUGCGAGCGCAGCCCACAAUUCCCAGACGUCACCAUUCUCGCCAACACCCGCAGCCUUCCCCAUCGCACCAUCACCAUCAUCACCGUCGUUGUCGUCAGCAAUACCCCCAGCAGACAUGGUGUCGCCACCAACCACGACCGCCACAGCAACGCCGACAACGACAACAACGGCAGCCAGCGCGGGUGGCGGGCGACUGGGCAGUGGCAGUGGUGGGCGAAUGGCGAUGAGUGCAAAGAAGGCGGCAGCAGCUGUGGCGGCGAGACGGGAGGACGAGGCCUUCUGGUUUGGAAUGACGUUCGCGCGGUGGCGGGCAGAGGGCGUUGUGCCACGCACCACCACCAGCGCCCCUGUUCCUGCGGGUGUGGUGGCGCCUGCUGAUAUGCGUGCGCGGUCGCUCAAGGGCCCGUCGCACAAACACCGCGUACGUGCACUGUGCACGUUUGGUGCGUGGGGUGAAGCUGUUGCCUCUGCUGGUCGGGACAAGACAGUGCGACUGUGGUCUGUCCUAUCCCCAAAUCGCCACGCUCAUCACCAGCAGUACCACCGACAUGUGCAUGAUGAGCAACAUCAUGACCCAACAGCGUCAGCAGCAACGGCAUGGGCGAGCACGAGCACCGCCACUGGUGGUGCAGAUGGUGGCGAUGUGUUUGGAGCUGCGCAGGGGGGUGGAGCAUUUUCUCCUCAAUCCCAAACACGCAGCACCCACGUGCGUGGCCGUAGUGCCAGCACGAGUCGUCGUACCAGCGCCAGCCGCCUGCUGUGGGGCGACGCUGCGAGCGACCGCAUGGUGCUUCCACCUUCGUCGCUGUCAUCGCUGCCGUCGUCAUUGCCCGCAUCGACGUCCUCCCGAUCAUCGCUGCUGUACAACUGGCCGCCACCGCCAUUAUCAUCCGCGACUGUGUCGGUCGCAGCAACACCAACAGCAGCCACCACCCCGUCGCCGCACAGCCUCCAUCUCAGUGGUCGCGCUGCUGCUGCAGGCGGUGAUGACAGCGACAGGCUUCCAUACGGGAGCGGCGAGUGCGUGUAUGUGUACGAACACCAUCGGCGGUCCGUUGCCAGCGUGGUGUGCGCGGCGUGGGCCGAGCGCCUGCUGUCGUGCGACGCUGAGGAGGUGCACAUGUGGUCCCCGCAUACGGGUCACACGGAGGCAGUGGUGUCUCUGCAGGGGGCGGAGCUGCACACGAUGCUGCCAGCGCCCAUGCACGGCGUCGUCUUCGUCGGUCACUCCGAUGCAGAGGUGUCUGCGUUUGACCCGCGCGCAAAGGGGUUUGCGUUCACGUGGAAGGUGCUGCCAGACAGCUUUGCCCACGAGCGGGACGCGGUGACAGCGCUUGCGCUGAUGCAUGGAGGCGAGCACCUGUGCUGUGGAACAUACGGCGGGCGAGUGGGCGUGCUGGAUGCCCGCAUGGGCGAGGUUGUUGGCGGCUGGGCGCCGCGUGAAGAGCAGGCGGCCGUGCACUGCUUGGCGGACUGCGGUGGCGGUCGCGUGCUGGUAGCGUCGGAGCACAGGUGCAGUGUGGUGACGGUGGCAGACAGACAUGUGUCAUCUGUGCUGCCGACCGGUGACCACACGGCCACAGAUGUUCUUGUUCUUGCCGGUGGCGACGCUGUUGCUGUGAACGGCAGCUCAAAGCUCUACUACAUGCCCGGGGUGUGCAAGGCGGCCACCACUGGCGCUGGUAAUGGUGGCUCUGGUGGUUUGCUUGGUGGGAUGGCAUCGCAGCUGCCGAGUGUUGAAGUGUGGAAACCUGCUGGAUUGCGUAAUGCGCUGCCAACUUGCGUCACGGCGGCGCUUGAUGGCGGCGUGUGUGUGCUCGGGUGCGAUUCCGGUGCGCUGCGCGUUGUGCCGGCGCCCUCGUUUUGCCUCCAACCAAGUGACGACAGUGAAUGAUAUUGUGUUGUUGUGCGUUGGGGGGGGGUGCUUUGUCGUCGGGUUUGAUGGUGGGUUUGAUGGUGUCACAUAAUGUUGUACGUUGCAGCUUUUUGAAGUUUGGGUGAUGGAUGUUGAGCGAGUACGUUCGCUGCUGUCGGUUGAUGGAUGAUGUUGUUGUUGUGGCGGUUGUCGUGGCUGUGGUUGCAACCCACUCUGCACCCCAAUACAUGCCAUGCAAGUUACACCAAAGCAAUCAAAUCAACACAAAAAG